AUGAAAGAAGCAGAUAAUCGUGAAAGUAUAAAGGAAGAACGGGUUUGUGAAACAGGAUCUGACCACCAACCUCUCAGUGAUAAUCAGCAAACAAAUUGUGACUAUUUUGUUGCCAGCCUUUUCGAGGAAACUCAGAAGGUUGGUGUCAAAUGUUUGUCUGCCACUGAACAAAAGAAACUGGUCGGUGUAAGUACAAAAUUAUGGAAAAAUGGAUUCACAGUCAGUGAUGAUUUCAGAAGUUAUUUUGAUGGUGCAGCUCAGCAGUUUCUGAACGCCAUCAAAAAAGGGGAAUUACCUUUAGAAUUACAGGGUUUUGAUAACAAGGAGGUGGAUGUUAAAGUUGAAGAUAAGAAAAAGGAAGUAUGUAUGUCAACGAAGCCUGUGUUCCAGCCCUUCUCAGGACAGAGUCACAGACUGGGAAGUGCUACACCAAAAAUUGUUUCUAAAGCAAAGUGUAUUGAAGUUGAGAAUAAAAAUAAGUUGUCUACUGUCUCACUAAACAGUCUAGAACCCAUCACUAAUAUACACAUCUUGUUAGCCAAUGGGAAAAGGAGUGUCCAGAAAUUUAACAUUUCUCAUAGGAUAAACCACAUCAAAGACUUCAUCGAAAAACACCAAGGAUCUCAAAGAAGUCCUCCCUUUUCCCUGGCAAGAGCUCUUCCUUUCCUCAAAUUGCUAGAUGAAACACUCACACUAGAUGUUAGGAGUCAUGGAUUAUUGGGGACCAUCUUAGCGUCUACCUACAAAAUGAGAUUAAAAAAAAUCCUUACAUCACAAGACUGUGACGAUGAUUAA